AUGUCGAACAACAUCGCAACAACGAAGCUCUCCCUCUCACUGCCGGCAUCUGGACGUGCACUGGACGAGAUUAACAAGCGCUACAGCGUUGGAGGGAUUAACUCUUUGCCAGUGUACCUAGUCUCUGCACAAGGUUCUCGACUUCGUCUCAAGGAUUCCGAUGGGCGGGAGCUAAUUGACUUUAUCUGUGGAUUUAGCGCCAGCAACCUUGGGCAAUGUUACCCGAGGCUUUUAGAAGCACAGGUCAACUCAGCUAAGAAAAUCACCCUCGCCAACAUUGCUGGCCAAGCGGAGGGAUGGCCUCAUCUAGCCAAACGCCUGUGUGAUAAGUUUGGCUAUGAAAAGGUGUUGGCUAUGACAACUGGCUCCGAAGCUACGGACACGGCUUGCAAGUUGGCACGCGGAUGGGGAGUCGACAUCAAGAAGAUCGACCCGAAAAAGGUCCUUGUACUCGGAACUUCAGAUAACUACCACGGUACACUUUCCGGAGUGUGGCCUCUCAUGGAACCGGAGGCUGGUUGGGAAGAAUUCGCGACAUUCAGCAAGAACAUGACGAACAUCAAUCCUCAAACAGGCAAGGUUCUUCGCUACCUUCAUGUUGAGGACUAUGCAGAAAUAUUUGAGCAAAUGCAUGAACGCAUCGCUGCAGUCAUCAUGGAGCCACUUCAUGGACUUGCCAGGUCUAUGGAGGAAGAGAUUGAGUUUUGCAUCGGCGUUCGAAAGCUGUGCAAGCAGUUCAACAUCCUCUUCAUCGCAGAUGAAGUUCGUAUGGGUUCAUGCAAGACCGGCAGGUUCUUGAGCUCUGACUGGAUGGGACCCGAGCACAAACCGGACAUGGUGACCAUGGGAAAGUCCAUCUCUGGAGGCGUGUGGCCAACCUCAUUCGUGUUCGGUCCAGAUGAAGUCAUGAACAAAAUGAAGCCAUACCAAUCGGUCAGCACAUUUUCAAUGUCUUCGAUGGCUGUCACAGCUGUGACCACCGCACUGCAGAUUUACGAAGAGGAAAAUCUACAACAGCGGGCCCGAGAUAUUCACGCCAAAUGGGUCUCGGAGACAUCGACAUGGAAAUUCCCCUGGCUGCGUUAUUGUCCGGCUUUCGGCGCCGACUUAAAUAUCUUACUUGACACCGAGUACGAAACUCGACCUGAGAAAGUCACUCCUCGGCGGUUUUCAUUGCUGUGCGCCAGCAAAGGUCUCCUCGUCUUCCCCGGUCCCAAUGGUCGCAUUCGUUUGGGUGUUGCUUUGACCAUCCCUCACGCUGAUCUCUUUCAAGGAUUUAAGGUUCUAAGAGAGGCUUUGGAAGAGUUACCACAUUAUGAGUAUAUCGAAGGUUCCGAAGAGACUAAGGGUGCUUUUUAA